ACUUACCCGUUCGCCCCAAAUAAAAUCCCAAACCAAACUUUCCAUUCCCACCAUAGUAUGGCCUCCGCCGCCGUCGAUUCCCCCGCCACCAUCGCAGACGGUGGCUCUCUCAAAUUGGAUUCAAUACCCAUUGUGGAUAUCCGGCUUCUCUCUCAAUCGGAACUUUAUUCGCUCUCCCUCUGCUCUUCCUCCGCCUUCAACCCCCGCCGUUGCGAUGACGUCGUCAUCCCCAAGAUUGAUCGCUCCGUCUUCAACGAGUCAGCGGGCUCCCGAAAACAGACUUACUCCCGUCUCCGUCUGGCUCCUCCCUCCUCAUCCUCCACAGCCACUUCUCGCCGCCGAACCCCCCAUCUCCGUCCCACCGCUACCACAUUUGCCAGUAUUAACAGUAAUAAUGCGGACCCAGAAAACGCUGAGAAUUCCCAGAUUGUUUCACUUCUCAAGCAAUUAUUUGUAACGGACUUGAAUCCUGACGAGUUGGUCCCAGUUAAAAUAGAUUACUCACAUUCUCUACCUCCUCAACAGUUGUCAUCGCUGCCCCCUACCUCCCUGUCCAAUGUGGUUGCUACAGGCUACAAAAGGAAGCGUGGCCGUCCUCGUAGGAAUGAACUCUUAGGAAAUGAAGUGGAGUCGGUCUUGGGUGUUAGCGUUGUUGAUAUCAAUGAUGAUGCGGAUGGAUUUUCUUCUCUGAAUGAAAUUGUUGUGCAUGAGAAUGUGGAGGAUAGGGAUAGAGAAGUCUUGAACAGGGAUGGAGUGGCUGUGGAUUUGGUAGCAUUGGGAGCGGUAGAGCAUCCUUACCGAGAGGAGAUUAGGCGCAGGACCGAAGGGUUGCAGACUGAGGAGGAGUUGUUAGGAUUCUUGAGAGGCCUGAAUGGGCAGUGGGGAAGUAGGAGGAAGAAGAAGAGGAUUGUGGAUGCUAAUGAGUUAGGGACGGUGCUGCCGAUUGGUUGGAAGCUUUUACUCUGUGUCAAGAAGAAGAAUGGUCAGGUGUGGUUGGACUGCCGUCGAUACAUAAGCCCCAGUGGACUGUAUUUUGUGUCAUGCAAGGGAGUUUCUUCAUAUUUGCUCUCUCUUCAUGGUGUCCACCAUACAAAUUCAUACAGCUCUGCCCGGCAUAAUGAGAUAAUUGACGAUGCCGAUAAGUUGACUACCUUCACUGUUGCAGAUCUUGCCGUUCAGGUUGAUGACAGAAAGGAAAACUUAGUUUCGCAUACAUCAUUGCCUACUUUUGGUUCCACAUCUGGUAAUCAUGAAAUGCAAGUAAUAAUAAAGGCCAGGGAUUUGCCAGAGGCGAGUGCACAAGACACUUUCCAUUGCAAUAAGUGCAAUAUAACUUUCAAUGAGAAAGAUGAAUUAUUGCAACACCAAUCAUCUCUGCACCGAAGAAAUAGAUACAAAAAUGGUAUGCGCCUUACCGACGGGGUGAUAAUUAAAGAUGGAAAGUAUGAAUGCCAGUUCUGUCAUAAGACAUUUAGUGAGAGGCAUCGGUACAAUGGUCAUAUUGGUGCCCACGUGAGAUACCAAGCUAACAUUGCUGGAGAAUCAUUAGGUGGUCUUGUGGGAGAGUCUGUUGAUCCCAGUUCUUUUGGAUUUUCUGUGCGAGACACUAUGACGGUAAGAUCAUUAGGAUCCGACAAUGUCAUGGAUAUUUGUAAUGCUACUGCAAAUAAUGGGCUGAAUAUCUGCUCACCACGCGAUGAAGAUAAUGAUCAUGAUGGAGAUCUAAAGGAAGGUAAAGAGAACAUGAUGGUUGCUGAAGCUACUGAUAUAGUUGUUGAAACAAAUCCAUGUUCAGUUGCUGAGGGUAAUGACAACAUGAUAGUUGCUGAAGCUACUGAUGUAGUUGCUGAAACAAGUCCAUGUUCAGUUACUGAGGGUCUCUUGUCUGACAAUAGGAACAAAAGUUUCAAUGAUGAUGCAUAUGCAGAUGGUUGUGUAGUUGAAAAAAUUGAUGCUGGUGCCAGUUUGCAAGGAAAGCUGUUGGGGAAUCGUUCACCUUUGCCUCUGGACGAUGCAACACGUGGUGUGACAAAUGUUGGUGAACUUCAGGAUUCAGCUUCAAUGGAGAAGCCUGAGCAAAGUAUGAUAUGCAGAAGUAGCUUGUUGGAUUCAAAUAAUCAUAUGGAAGAAUGUGAUGUUGUCAAUAAUGAGCAUAUCUCUCCAACAAACAAUGAGCUCAAACCGGAUUCGGAGAAUUUUACAGUUAACGGAUCUAUAUUCAACUUUUUUGGAACUUAUGGUGACCAGGAGAAAGAUUUAGCUGCCAAUUUAAUGCAGCAGAAUAAAUUCAAUCACUUGCCUUGUAAGAAUAUUGGUAACACUGAUAACACAUCAACCUCUAGAUCAAUGGUCUCCAAGCUUGACAAAGUACCUGACAUCAGAAUGCUGCCUACAUCUCAGGAUGAUGAAGUAUUUGAUCAAGCCAGUAUUCCUUGCUCGGUACGUAAAUUCAAAGUUGACGAAACAGGUAGCGUUGGUACCUCUGAGAAAGUUGGUUCCAAAGCGGGCAGUGAUUCUGUCAGUAGGCAUGACAAAGUGCAAUUUGGAAUCAGUUCAGUAAUUCCAUCUUGUGCUGAGCAAGAAAAUGCAUCCAAAAGGUAUGACACUGAGUCGUUCGCUUGUCAGUUGAAGGAGCCUGCGGUGCAGAACUCUUCUAAAAGCAGGUUGAUUACUUUAUCUGGUCAUGAAAGCAUGUAUGGUUCUCAAAACAAUGAUGAUGGAGUUUGCAGAAGAAAGAUUUUGCUGCCUGGAUUUGGCGAUUUCCGAAAUUUUGGGAAUGGUGAAUCAAGUGAUCCUUUCAGCAGUCGUCAUGCUCUAAUAAAUUCCAAUUCCGUUGCAGGAACUGAGCAGGAUAGGAAACUUGGAGUUUGUUCUGGUUUUGCACCUGCAACUGAUAAACAGUUUUUUACAGAAGAUAAUAUGAUUAGGAUAUUCAAUGGUGCCUUGGAGGAGAACAAAGAGGAGCCAUCUGCAAGUGUGUUACCUAAGCAAUCUGAUGUUAUGGAAAUCUCUGUUGAGGCAUCUACUUUCUACGCUACCCCUGCUAAUCGCUCUGAAGUCAAUGAAAUUGAUAACAGCAGAAAACAUGAGCUAAGCCUUUCUUUUGGUAAUUUUCAGGUGGAACAGUGUGCAGAUUCUAACACCAUCGAACAACAUAGUUAUCAGCCAGAUAAUUUUAACAUUCAAUCUAUUGUCCAUAAAACAUAUGGUGAUCAAAUACCUUCAAGUACAAUAAAUAGUCAUAUACCUGGUGAUAUGAAACAAAGAAGACCCUCUGGCAUUAGUUUCCCUGAUCCAUCCUUCCACAUCCAGACGCAUGAACUUGGCAGUCGGUUUAAUGAAGCUCGCCCUGGGUGGGAGUGGAAUAGGCCCAGAGGAGAGGACAUAGGAACUUCUGGCCAAAACUUUAUGGUUGGUUUAGCGAACAGCAGCUCACAAUCUGCUGGGGGUGUGACAGCUGAUGCCUCCUGGAGAACCGGUCAUGGCAAUGUGUUUCAAGGUUGUUUUGAUGCUGCUUCAGGCCACCAGAUUUCAUCACCAAGCUUUUUUGGCACUUUUGCCUUGACAUCAGAUAAGGGUGAAGAAGGUUCAUUUGGUGUGAACAAAAACUAUGACACUCGCGCUGACGUGGUGAGACCAGGUAGAGCUGAACCCGUGGAAUACAGUUUUAUGGGCGACCAAAGUUCAAAUUCCUUGGCCGCUGAAUCCAAGAUUUUCUCGUACACCCCAAAUAUGGAUCAAGGAUUAGGUUCCACAUUUUGGCUGGGAAAAGAUGCAUUAACACCAAAUACUGCUCAUAGCAAUGAGGUUGCAUCUGUUUGCGUUUGGUGCAGAAACAUGUUCUUUCAUGAACCUACUCAACUUGGGACACAAACAGGUGCAAUAGGCACUAUUUGCCCAUCCUGCAGUUCAAGAAUUCCAGCCCCGUUCAAUGUACUCUAGAGUUCCUUAUCCUCCUUUAAAUGUCUACUUCCUCGGGGAAAAUGUUCUUUUUCUUGUUUACCUUUGACAUUUCUUUUGUUCAUUACAACUAUGAUCUGAGACAAUGGGUAGCUUUUUGCAGGUUGUAGUGAUUAUUCACCUUAAAGAAAGAACAAAUUUUAGGCAGCUUUGAAA